UGCAACCCCUGUAGCACAUCAGAUCCAGCAAAUCUAUUGAGCGGAUAACUCCAAUUCCUCCAGAGAUCCCUUUUGCGCCUGGGGAGCGGGCUUGUGCUUGCAAGCUACGAAUACGCCUCCCAAGAUACAGACUCUUGACUCUUCAUCAUGGCGAGAACCUCAAGCAGCGAUGGGCUUUUCCUCAGCGCGCCUCGGUCGGACCCCGUCAACCAUCCCGUCUUCCCGGCCGACUCGCAUCCCCGGCUGGCCAUCAUGACUCCCACGAGGCUGCUGCUCGGCUCCGUAGCCUCCAGCCUGGUCGGAGCCUCUCUCGGAGCUGUUCAAGGUGGCCAGAUGGCGCAGCUGCGCUUCCGGGCUGAGCACGCGCACAAGAUGCCCGACACAACGGCGGGCUGGUAUCUGUAUCACAAGUCCAAGAACUACCACGCCAUGCAGGGGGGCAUCCGCGAAGGCUUCCGCAUGGGCUUCAAGACGGGCUUCUGGAGUCUGAUGGCCUUGUCCUUGGAGAGCACCGUCGACCGCUAUCGGGGGAGCAGCGACAUGUUUUCGACUGUGGUGGCGACGCUUACCGUCGCAGGCGCAUUUUCGCUCUGGCAUCGAUUCUCGCUUUCCACCGCCGCGCGCACUGCAAAGUACGGGCUGGUCUUUGGCCUGGCCUACGGAGGCGUCCAGGAUCUGGUGGGCUUAGCCCGUGGCAGACCGAUUGGGUAUGUGGAGAUGAUCCGACGUCGGUUUGGCUCUGGCGCUCGGUCACGCGAAGGCGACGACGUCUAGAGGCAAACCUGCGCCGUCAGCAGCCGCUUUCGUUUGCAUCUCAGCACAAGGCAGUGGAGAUGGUCUCAUUUCCUCUUGGCGGUAUCAGCCAACGGAGCACGGAGCAUUGCUUGGGAUAGAUGCAUUACUAAAGCCCUGAAAGAAGUAAAGAAGGGAAGGGGGUGGGAGAUGAGCAAACAAGAGACGACCAAAGUCGACGGCCGCGUCCUCUAGACGGACGAGCCAAGAACCCCCCACGGUAACAUGUAAGCUCAACCUCACGACACUUGAGUCGGGCCUCACUUAUUCCGACAUCAUAUGGCUACAUAUACUGCUAGCUACAGGAUGGAUGAAACCAGACCAGAUUGGAACAAGAAGAAGAAGAAGAAGAAGCCAAGAGGAAAAGAGAAGGCUCAACUUGUUGUAUAUACAAACACUAGUGCAACGCGCUACUCUCGCAUCAUAUUAUGAUCAUGAUAUCAUUCCAGAGAGAGGGGAAAGAGGGCAAGAAUUGGCGAUUGGACGCUCCCCCUCGAUUCAUGCAUAAUCAAAAUCCAACGCGAGUUCACCUG